AUGCCCGCGGACAGGAAUUCAAAUGAUCAGCAUCGUCAUCACAGACGGCGAUCCACUUUAAAACAGGUUAAUUAUGACGAGGCUGAAGUUGACUUAAACCUGGAACGAAGCCUCGUAAUAAGUCAGUCAAAUGAAGUAGACGAUAGAAACCGAUCUGGUAGUGGUACAUCGUCGAAGAAAAGUUCCGCACAGAGUUCCAGCGGUGUGGUGUCUCGUUCCUCUCAAAGUUCGUUAAAUAGCAACUCCAGCAACUCUGGUACUACCUGUUCAAAGGGCCUCUACAGUGUGUUGUUGAACGAUAAAACCACGCCUUGGAAUUUCAUCCCAACCCUACCACCAUCUUACAGGAAAACCAGUAGGUUCUCUAACGUCUUGGAGCUUGAUGAUGCAAUGGUAGACCUGAGGACACAAAAACUUUACAACUCGGACUCGACACUUUUGCACAUCAAUGAAACUAUAUACAUGAUAUCUGAACCUCCAGGCGACCCGUACUAUAUUGGAAGAAUUGUGGAAUUUGUUGUUAAGGCAGAGUUUAAGGCAAAAGUUUUGACAUGCUUGAACAUUACCACAUCGUUUCCAGCGAAAUAUUUCCAAGUCAGGAUGAAUUGGUACUAUAGACCACGGGACAUUGAAGAAAAGAUAACGGUGUUCAACCCGCGUCUUGUUUUUGCGUCGCUUCACCAGGAUCUAUGUCCUAUUAGCUCUUACAGAGGCAAGUGUACCGUGCUCCAUAAAGAUGAGUUAUUAGACGUUUUACCAAAUGGAAAGGAAUCGAUUGUCAGAUCGAAUGUAUUCUACUUUAAUUCUCUGUUCGACAGAUAUACGAAGAAAUACUACAGAGUGCACUCAACUGAUAAGAUGCUAAAUAACAUCGACAGUACAUCACCUUUUCUUUACUCUUUGAACAAGAGAUUUCGGUACAUUUACGUAGAGGAAAAGUACCCCAUUGAGGCAAUCUUGGCUAAAUACGUCCUGCUACAAGGAAAGCAAGAACUGAUCACCAAUGUGACCGAUCCUCAAAAACCAAAUGCUUGGGAUAGAAGGUGCCAGAACUGCAAAGAGUGGACGCAUCCAGGUGAUUGUGUCGAAUGUGAUGAUUGCGGACGCACUUUACAUUUACUUUGUAUGGACCCUCCUAGGGAGAAAAACCAUUUUCGUGGAAAGGUUUGGGUGUGUUUCAACUGUGUGAAAACACAGGAAAACACCCCGGAGACUCGAAAAGAAUUGGCGAAAGAUCAGAAAACAGAAACCGAAUUCAUUCUCCAAUGUAAAGAAAAGAUUAACAGAGCUGCAUUCGAAGCAAUUCAGAAAAAUGUUACCUACAACACAGAUAAUUGUUGGUUUCAAUAUUUGGGAGAGUAUUCGAUUUCAUUUAUGACAGAUUCGCUAGAAGAAUCUAUUUUCUUUCCAUAUCCUUUCAAGGGCUCAAGAAUCGGCCCCAAGUACCAGUGGUCUCAUUGCAUCCACAAUUCAAACUUUCAGAAGCAGGAAUACCGCAACACCUAUCCUGGUACAACAAGCGAUGACCUUGUGGAAAGAGGCACAAAUGAGACCGCCAAACUUCUUUGGAAGGUCACUGAUACAGACAUAUCAGAAGCUGCUUUAGAAGAAUAUAUUACUAAGUGCAAAGAACAGAUAUCUCCCCUGCUUUCAGUCAAUGCACAAAGUUGCAAUCUACUUGACUUUAUUCUUUAUGAGCUAAUGCAAAACAAUUACGAUACCGAGAUUGCAUUUUUGAAAUGUAAGACACAAUUGACCAAAGAAUGCUUACAGGAACCAACAUUUACCGAUGAAGAGAUUAAGAGAUUUGAGGACGGUGUGAGAAAGCAUGGCAGUGAACUGAGGCCCGUAUGUGAGAUGGUAGGGACACAACCAAUGCCAAUGAUUGUGCGCUUUUACUAUAACUGGAAAAAGACAAAACGGGGCUUACAAGUUCGAGGUAAGAAAAACAAACAUCUCGACGUUACUGAAAAUAGCAGUAUCAAUGAUAUUGCAACGCUCUCUCAAAAUGAUGUGCCAAUUCUUGCGAGAAAUGAGACACCGCUAAUUUAUGUUGAUGACUCCUCAUUCGAUAUGGAUAGGUUAUCCUUCCUAAACACUUCAUUCCAGUGUAUGUUUUGCGCAAUCGACUAUUCUGCAAUGUGGUACAAGGUUACAGGUGGUUCUGACGAUGACCACGUAAAAUCGAGAAUACAAACUGGUGUUCUUGAAAAAACUGAACUAGCGGGAAAGUCCAAUCACGAAAGAAACCAUAUCGAUUCCACCUUAGGCGCGUUAUGCAUCCGCUGUGCUCGUUUAUGGCGUAGAUAUGCCGUGAAAUGGGUACAACCCCUCGAAGUCAUCAAGAGAAUGUACGGGACUAGCGUUGCUACUUAUCACAACAAAUUGGAUCUCAUAUUAGAGGAACAGAAUAUCAACAAGCUCACUCUUUCUCCUGUGCAAGCACAAAGUAAAUAUUUGGAAUGGGAGCUUGUUCAAGAUGCUGAGCUGGUGACAAGACAACGUUUGGAAAUAGCAGAAGAUAGGUCAAAAUUUACCAAGAUGUUAAAACAUUCAGAAAGAUUUCACCUUCUGCUUUCCAAAAAGUUGUCAAAGCCAUAUGAUCAAGUUAAAAUGGAUGAUCAGACACUCAACGUGGACUUGGAUCUAUAUUUGCAACAAGUAAUGAAAAUGCACGACAGGACAACGAAUGAGAGAGUUGCUGCUGGUAGUUCAAAGAGCGCAUCUAAGAGCACCAAGUCCAAGCAGCGGAAGAGCAAUAAAACCAGCGACCCGACACACUCACCCCGUCCAAAUAAAAAGGCCAAAACUACCGCGCCUGAAAAGGAAACCUCAGCGAAGAACAGAGAAAUUGUUAACAUUGGUUCAGAUGUAAAAGUAAGUUUUGACUUGGGAGAAACUCGCAACAUUAAACUUGUGAUAGACGAAAGUUUCAAAUCUAUUCAGAUUGACAAAUCAAUAUGCGAUGAGCUUUUACCAGUUGAAGAAACUGAUGCAGUCUUGACUACGGGAGACAAUGCACACGAUGCUUGUGAUGUUCAUGAUUCAGACAACUUAGGAACUCAGAAGAAACUCAUCCCGUCUGCAUCAAUUAUAUUACAUGAUUCAAGAAAUACCCAAGCUCAAUUUAAGUCAUACCACUCUAUAGCCCAACGAAACAAACUGAAUAACUUCAGUGAGAUCGGUUGUGACGACCAAGUGGUUGCAGAUGAGACAGAGUCUCGGCAAUUUCCCAGUGACAGAAACAGCGUCUGUUCUGUCUGUAAUGAUAACUUUCAUGACCCAGCUCCUAAACUCUCCUGCGAAAAUUGUGGCCUCAGUGUUCAUAUCCCAUGCUAUGGUGUUUCGAUAACGGAGAAGGCCUGUAAAGUCAAAAAUGGUUCGAGUGGCAAGUGGUUGUGUGAUCCAUGUUCAAAUGAUCUGAACCCUGUGGUUAGCACUUCGUAUAACUGUUGUCUCUGUUUCACCGAAGGCUCAAAUUCUGGUGGUUUCAAAAAAGACGACACAGACAUGUUUCUGAAAGCUUUAAAACUGACAACAAGUGGGAGCUGGUGUCAUGUUAUCUGUUCAUUCUUUAACAAAGGCAUCUAUUAUGUUGAGGCGAAGAAACUACAGCCUGCUGUUAACGUUACUGAUGUCAUUAUGAAGAAUAUGGGCUCAGUGUGCUCAAUUUGCCGUAAUUCGGGAGGUGGUCUAGUUUGCUGUGAAGACAGUGCCGAGUUGGUUCACGCCUCAUGUGCCCAGGAACAUAGUGAUUACAGGCUUCUCUUUAAGAAAACAUUGAUUGAGAAGGAAGUUUCUGAACACACUAGUGGACUAAUUAUAGAUGAGUCAGAUGGAUUGAUGUACCAAAUAUCUCCCGUCAUACUUGACAAGUUGCACAAGCAAGAAGGCCCGACAUCCUCGAGCUAUCAUUCGUUAUCAUCUACAAUGGGAAGAUAUUCUAUGUUGGAGGUAUAUGCUAGAUCUUCUAAACAGAACUGCACCCGAAACAUGAUCUUGACAAGAUAUUUAGAGCAGAAGCAAUUGACUAUCCAAAAUUUUUCUAUUGAUAUUAAUAUGUUACUUGAGCACGAUAAGGACCUUGUUAAUUUUAACAAGCCAUUUGUUUUGAGAAAAAUUGAAUCGUGUAAGAAGUGUCACAGCACCAGUGCUUUAACGUGGUAUUCCUCGGACCUUUGCCAGGUGUGUCACUUAAACGAUUCCCUUGAUGAAGUUUAUUUGAAUGGUGAGGGAGACGAAAGUAUGGCAGAUAGAGAGUAUAUUUCGAAGGAGACCAAGAAAGAAUUAAAGACUGGGAUUAAUGAAACAUACACCGACCUACAUUAG